CUCAGACGCGAAAGGCUCCGGCCUGCCUCUGAGGGUGCGGCCUGAGGAAAGGUUUUUUUUUUUUUUUUUCCCUCUCGAGCUUUCAGAAUUACAUGUGGAGCCAGCUUGGGGAGGGAACCGCGACAGCCAAAAGCUCAGCGGAAUGGAGAAAGAGUUGGCCUUCUAGCACUAAAUCUCUUAUUGUUUUUGCAAAUGAGCUGUCCACCUCAUGCUACUGUGAAUGUCGUGUGAGGUUUUCACUAGAUGUAAAAUAAAAAACAGAGCAAAAAAUCCAAAAGAACCCAAAAAUUAUUGUAAUUGUUUUAUUUUUUAUUUUUUGCAUGAUGAUUUUCUUUGUUGUGACUCGGGGAUGCCUCCUGAUGCAAAAGGCUCAUCGCGUUGGCCAGAAAGAGUUGCAUUCAGAAAGAGUUUUUCUCACUCGAGCUGUCAGAGAUACAAGCGGAGCCAGCCCGAAGAGGGAACAGAAACGGGCCACAGCUCAACGGUCUGCCUGCGGGCCGCUCUCAGACAAAGCACGAUCCAGCCUGCCUUCAGUCGCUCCCCUGCACGAUCCAGCCUGCCUCUCAUUCCCUCCCCUGCAGGCUCGUGUGCCUCAGACGCAAAAGGCUCCAGCCUUCCUCUGCGUUGGCCCCCCCUUGACACGAGCCUCCGUGUCUCUACUCCACACAGAGCCUGCCUGCGGGCCGCUCUCAGACAAAGCACGAUCCAGCCUGCCUUCAGUCGCUCCCCUGCACGAUCCAGCCUGCCUCUCAUUCCCUCCCCUGCAGGCUCGUGUGCCUCAGACGCAAAAGGCUCCAGCCUUCCUCUGCGUUGGCCCCCCCUUGACACGAGCCUCCGUGUCUCUACUCCACACAGAGCCUGCCUGCGGGCCGCUCUCAGACAAAGCACGAUCCAGCCUGCCUUCAGUCGCUCCCCUGCACGAUCCAGCCUGCCUCUCAUUCCCUCCCCUGCAGGCUCGUGUGCCUCAGACGCAAAAGGCUCCAGCCUUCCUCUGCGUUGGCCCCCCCUUGACACGAGCCUCCGUGUCUCUACUCCACACAGAGCCUGCCUGCGGGCCGCUCUCAGACAAAGCACGAUCCAGCCUGCCUUCAGUCGCUCCCCUGCGCGAUCCAGCCUGCCUCUCAUUCCCUCCCCUGCAGGCGUGUGUGCCUCAGACGCAAAAGGCUCCAGCCUUCCUCUGCGUUGGCCCCCCCUUGACACGAGCUUCAGUGUCUUUACUCCACACAGAGCCUGCCUGCGGGCGGCUCUCAGACAAAGCACGAUCCAGCCUGCCUUCAGUCGCUCCCCUGCACAAAUCCAGCCUGCCUCUCAUUCCCUCCCCUGCAGGCGUGUGUGCCUCAGACGCAAAAGGCUCCAGCCUUCCUCUGCGUUGGGCCCCCCCUUGACACGAGCCUCGCGGAAUGGAGAAAGAGUUGGCCUUCUAGCACUAAAUCUCUCAUUGUUUUUGCAAAUGAGCUCUCCAACUCAUGCUACUGUGAAUGUCGUGUGAGGUUUUCACUAGAUGUAAAAUAAAAAACAGAGCAAAAAAUCCAAAAGAACCCAAAAAUUAUUGUAAUUGUUUUAUUUUUUAUUUUUUGCAUGAUGAUUUUCUUUGUUGAGACUCGGGGAUGCCUUCUGAUGCAAAAGGCUCAUCGCGUUGGCCAGAAAGAGUUGAAUUCAGAAAGAGUUUUUCUCACUCGAGCUGUCAGAGAUACAAGCGGAGCCAGCCUGAAGAGGGAACAGAAACGGGCCACAGCUCAACGGUCUGCCUGCGGGCCGCUCUCAGACAAAGCACGAUCCAGCCUGCCUUCAGUCGCUCCCCUGCACAAAUCCAGCCUGCCUCUCAUUCCCUCCCCUGCAGGCGUGUGUGCCUCAGACGCAAAAGGCUCCAGCCUUCCUCUGCGUUGGGCCCCCCCUUGACACGAGCCUCGCGGAAUGGAGAAAGAGUUGGCCUUCUAGCACUAAAUCUCUCAUUGUUUUUGCAAAUGAGCUCUCCAACUCAUGCUACUGUGAAUGUCGUGUGAGGUUUUCACUAGAUGUAAAAUAAAAAACAGAGCAAAAAAUCCAAAAGAACCCAAAAAUUAUUGUAAUUGUUUUAUUUUUUAUUUUUUGCAUGAUGAUUUUCUUUGUUGAGACUCGGGGAUGCCUUCUGAUGCAAAAGGCUCAUCGCGUUGGCCAGAAAGAGUUGAAUUCAGAAAGAGUUUUUCUCACUCGAGCUGUCAGAGAUACAAGCGGAGCCAGCCUGAAGAGGGAACAGAAACGGGCCACAGCUCAACGGUCUGCCUGCGGGCCGCUCUCAGACAAAGCACGAUCCAGCCUGCCUUCAGUCGCUCCCCUGCACAAAUCCAGCCUGCCUCUCAUUCCCUCCCCUGCAGGCGUGUGUGCCUCAGACGCAAAAGGCUCCAGCCUUCCUCUGCGUUGGGCCCCCCCUUGACACGAGCCUCGCGGAAUGGAGAAAGAGUUGGCCUUCUAGCACUAAAUCUCUUAUUGUUUUUGCAAAUGAGCUCUCCAACUCAUGCUACUGUGAAUGUCGUGUGAGGUUUUCACUAGAUGUAAAAUAAAAAACAGAGCAAAAAAUCCAAAAGAACCCAAAAA